GGGCUCCACGUGGAGGUUGAGAGGUGGGUCCUACCAUACUGCAAAAGCCAGCCAUAGAUGCCCAAAAAUGAAACAAACAAAGCUUAUGGUGACAUUGGCAAGCCAAGACUGUGGAUGUGGCUGGUAGCUCAAUUUGGUGCUCGGAAAAAACAUUAUUGGAGAGCAAAGAUCUGAGCUUUUGGUUCACUUCACAAGGAGAGAAAGUAGUAAGUGAGAGAGAGAAAACAAAGCUCAUAAGAGUCGGUCUAGCAAGGAAAUGAGGAGUGGAGCGAGAAUGUGGGCUACAAAUUUGAGAAAAAUAUUAUUCGUAGUGCUCUAGAUUUGCAUGGUUUGAAUUUCAAAAAAGAAAAAAACCCAAAAGAAAAGAACAGAUUUUUUGGUCAUAAAUUUGCAUAUAUAAGCUCUGUCAUCUGAUCUGUCUCUCAGACAAACAACUACAUGUGAGAAAAAUCUGAAACCCCUCGGAUUAUCUCUCUUGCUCUACACUCUGUUUGCUCUCUCUCUCUCUCUCUCUCUCUCUCUCUCUCUCUCUCUUUCCUUUCCCUUUUCAAUUUUUCAAUUUUUAUUUUUUGCGAAAAACUUGGCUAGGCUCUUGGGUUUGUUCCUCCCUUAGCGAGAUUUUGGGCAAUCUUAAAUUCCUCUAUAGAGUUUGUUUUCAAAUCAUGGUUCUUGAAAAUCAAAGAUUUGGGUCUCUCUCUCCCAUCUUUGUUUCUUUGUUUCCUUAAACACCCAAAAAAAAAAUCGAAUUUUUAUUGAUGGAAGAGAAAGGGUGACAGAGACCAAAGACUCGAGAUGGUCCUAAUGAAAUUAGCAUCAAGAGCAAGUUCCUCUCUUAUAAAUCCCCAUUCUGAUUUCUGGGUUUGAUCCAAAAUUCCUUCUUGUCAAUCUGUUCAUUUUGUAAAAGUAGAUGGAACAUAGCAAGAAUGGCUCAAGAAGACCAAACCCAAAAGUGUAGCAAUACUAGUAGUGGUGCUAGUCUUGGCUUUGCGAGCAUUACUAGAUCUUCAUCCAAAAAAACCAAGCAAAAAAAAGUGCCACAGAGAGGACUUGGUGUGGCACAGCUUGAGAAAAUCAGGCUUGAAGAUCAGCAAAACAAAGCAGCAGCCGCUGUGAUUUUGUCAACCCCAUCUUCUUUAUCCUCACCAACCAAAUCCACAUCCUCAUCAUGUCCUUCUGUCCCAAUUAGACAUUUUUAUCACUCUAAUCAUAAUCAACCACCCUCUUCAAUCCCAUUUCCUUCUCUACCAUCACUAGAUCUACCUUCACCAAACUCAAUUUUCAGGCCACCAAUAAUUCCAACCCAGAACAUUGAUGUAAUUAGGAAGCCAAUUAGCACGGUUCCAUUGGGAAAUAACAAUAAUAAUAAUGGUGGUCAUGGGUUUGAAAUUCAGGGACAUGGCAAUAAUAAUGUUCCUAACUUGUGGAACCCUUGUGACUUCAAUCUUGAUCAGAAGGAGAGUUCUAAUUCUGGGAUUGAUCCCGGGUUGGCGUUUCGGUCUACUUUGAAUUUGCCUUUUGAGUCCAACAACCCCAUUUGGCCUCUCACCAAUGUGCCACAAAGAACACAACCAUAUCAUCAGCAGCCUCCUCCUCCUCCUCCUCCUCCUUCAAUGGUGAAUGUGUCAUCAGCAACUUCAUCAUCAUCUGUACUAAACUUUCAGAUAGAGCCCCCUUCAAACCAAAGCUAUUACAGCAACUAUACACCUAUGUGGCCGGAUGAAGAAAAGAUGGUUGGCAUGAAGAGGCCAUACCCCUUUUCCCUAGACAAUCCACCAGGCCCCUCCAUCAACUUUAAAUUCCCUACCUUUGUUGCUCCUAUGAGAGCAGAUGAAGCAAGUUCAUGUGGGAACAGAUGCACCUUCAAUUUGGAGCCUUCAGGCAACCCAAUUUUCAGAGAAGCCCCUUCAUGCUCAACUUCAAUUUCGGAGUCGAAUUCGAGGAACAGUAUUAAAGAAAAUGGGAGUGUCAAUGGAGAUUUUCUCACCUUAGCCCCUCCUACAACCAGUAGUAGGACAUGUCCCAGCCCAAAGUUGAACCUCCCUUCAGCAUAUCUAGCGUUCCAUAACCGCGAAGUCCCUGAGUUUGAAUCAUUUUCUUAUCAAGGCAAUGCAGAGGACACAAAUUUCCAGCCAGGACCAAGCGGUUCACAUCCACAACAAGCUUUCUACAGCUUCUUCCCACCAGCAAAGGCACAAAUUGGAAGAGCAGCAGCCACUAUAAACAACAAUUGUAAUGGCGAAAGUGUGGAUCUCAAUUUGAAGUUAUAAAUCUGAUCUUUGGCAGGCUAGUUGUUUCUCUCUGUGAACCAUAUUAGGAAAUUCUUUUUUUUCUUUUUUGCUGCCCAUAAAUUUCAACAUAUCAGUAGGGUAGAUAUGUCUAAAUUUGCAUAUGUAAGCUUGAGACUUGUGAAGGGUGAGAAUUAGAAAAAAGACAGAGGAGAUGCAGAUCUGUCUGUUUGAGUGGUUA